UCUUUCACAGGCCCCUUGCAGGUAGUCCAUCAUCAUCCCGGUUAUCUUCCUUUCGUUACAUUCACGACAGUGGAGUAAUUUAUCCGAGGUUGUGCCACGCUCAGCUAUGGCGAAGAGGCAUUACUCGGCUCUAUCGCAGCCCACCCUCUCAAUGAGCGAGCUGAUAUGCAAAACCCUCGAUCAUGAUGCUACAGACAUGUUAAUCGACAAGUGGCUUGAGCACCGCAAUGAUGCGUAUUGGGAAUGGUUUCAAGGUGUCAGAGAGCGAAAGCAUGCCGCAAACUCUCUCAGACGCCAAGUCCUCGUCUGGAAUAAAGGAGAUUUUCUUCCAGAAAACAUCUUCUGUCGCACAGUCGACACCGGUCGUCUGAUUCCUCUGGAUCGCACCUGGUCGACACAUGUAUAUCACCACAGGUCAAUGCAAGACCGAAAAUUGUCCAUGAUGCCUGUUGUAUUUACUAUGCUGCCUGAGCUGAUGAUGCUCAGAGGGAUGCACGACAUUGGCUGUGACGAUGUCUACAUCAUUGUUACAGACAUGAAACGCCAAGAGAUGGACGAUGUAACAGAAUACUUCAACCUUGUUUGUCGACAUGCAUUCGGGCGCACGUGUAAACCUAGCGUGGAGAACGAGAUCCAGUUCAAUCAUAUGCGUUUGAGCCAUACUCUCCUCAAACAACGACGCACACCAUGUUUUCCUCAGAUUGAUAUCGCUUUCCGAGCCAUUCUCCACGAGAAACGACCGCCUUUCAUCAUCUUAUUCUCCCAUCAGACCACUUCCUAUUCCCAAAUUUUAUUCACACACCCACUAUUCGUUCCAUCAGAAGAAAUAUUUUUUGACUUUCCUAGUGGUUGUCCCAACCCGUGCUGUAACGACGACUGCGAAAUGAUACGCUUUCCUCGUCGUGGCAUUGAAGGUGCAGUAGUAUUGUCGAUAAAACGCGGUCGUCGAAAUGGGAGGAAGGUGAGAUCUCGGGAGAUGUGCAACUGGAUCGACUGCAGCAUUUGUUUCAACGAAGAAACAUCGCAGUACGCCGAGAGUAGUGAAGGAUCGCAGAGCAGCGCCGACAGUGGGGAUACUCCGAACAAUAAUGGACUUGUGUGUAGCAAGUGCCGGUUGGUGAAGUAUUGUUCUCCUGAACAUCAAAAAAAGGACUGGGAAGAGCAUCGUCGGGUUUGCGCUAAGUCAGCUGCUAUCAUCUGACUGUACCUCGUGGACAAGCUCUCGAUUUUUUCUUCAUUGGAAGACGUUAAUAUUCUUGCUAUUGUUGUACUGUGGUCUACUGCAUUUUUAUUGUACGCCGGUCAUUAUUUUUCACUGUCUGCAUCUUGUUGUAAUUGCCAUCACUGAUGUUGUUUAUCGAUUAUUCAAUAUUAUAUUUGGGUUUGGACUUUC